AUGCGAAGGAGGGUUGAGAUGUUGAUGGACUCGGAGGUGAGUCGAAGAUUUCUGGAGAUGGAGAAGCGGGCCAUAUCAUAUGGAGCUCUGCAGCCUAAUGAACCAGCAUGCCGCGAUGCUGGUAAGGGUCAAGCUUAUAGCAGCAGUUGUCUCCCUCCCCCGUCUAAUCCUUACAGAAGACCUUGUUCCAAGUACUAUCGUUGCAGGGAUGGUUCUUGA